AUGUCUGAUCGGUUAUCAAGCAGUCGCUGUCUAUUCCCUUCUAGAAAAAAUGAAGUUAUGAAAGAAAGAACUGUUAUAACUACAAAGGAAAUUAAUCUUCUGCUCAGCAAGUCAUUCAAUACCGGCGAAAAAAAUCUGUGGAAUAGUAAAGAAAUAAUUACUUAUCUUAAUGAAUUAUGUGCAGCAGUUGUCCUAGUCAAUGAGUUUCCUAGUAUUAUGGAUAACUUCUACAGCACUAUUUGUAAAAAAGUUGGCAAAUUUUUGUUAUCGGAUCGAAGUUCAAUACGGACGCUUACAUAUCGCAUAUUACGCAAAGCUUCUCGAUCAGUCGAUGAUUUAUCAAUAUUGAUUCAUAUGCAUGUCGACAUAUUUGUAAUUAGAUCUUUGGAACUCGAAAAAAAUAAUUUAGAAGAACGUAUUGAAGCUUUGAAAUUAUGUGUACUGAUGUUAACUCGAAGAAAUGAAAUGCGAUCAUUCGAUAGUGAAUCGAUACGAAGACAUGAUUCUAGCCUUUUUUUUCCUGUGAAUGUUUAUCGUACCAUUCUGGCGAUUGCCGAUGGUUUCUUAUCAAUGCAACUGGAAAAGGCGAAAGUUGAAAAAAACGAACUGGCAUUCACCUGCUUUGCUAUAUUAAUCGAGCAGAUUGUUGUUGAUCCCGAUAUUGUUUUAAAUUCAAUUAGUAUUGGUUGGAUUGUAGAACUCCUCACUUAUGCUGCAAUAAGUGACCGUCUAUGUUCUCUUAUCUGUCGAGUGUUGUGUACAUGGCUUGAUUCACCACAGUUAAGAUCACGAGCAGAACUGCGAUUGGUGCUAGACCGAAUUUUCGCUCCGAUUGUUGAGAUUGGACUUUUCGAGCGAAAGGAAGCAUUAGAUGUAAAGCAGCAGUCCUUAUCAACGAAUGCACCAAGAUUAGGAAACUUUUCUCAGAUAUUCUUAAACUUGUUGCGUACGUGGUCUGGUCUUUUGGCAUGUUCUGCUUUAAGUGAUCGUAAGACGUCCACUCUAAAAUUUUUUAACUACAUUGGAUUAAAUCGAUCAACUCAUGCUACUAAUCAUAACAUUAAUGAUUUAGUUAUUCAAAAUUGUUGCGAACUUCUGGAACUUCCCUAUUCUAAAAUAACAUUUACAAAUUGGCAUCAUGCUAUGGAAUUUUACUCAACAAUGCAUCAUCCAGAUACUUAUAAAUGCUUAUUGCGCGAUGAUUUUAUUUUGGCGGAGUUUAAAGUCCUUCUGAAAAUUGAUGGAGAACAAACUAUUGCUAACGACUUGUUAGUGUCAUACCGUGCUGCCGUCGUUUACUUACUUAUCAAUGCUGAUCUCAUUCAAGCAUUAUCGAGAGUAAUAUUGCAAGAUCCGGAUGAUUCAGUAGCACUUAAAGGAACUCUUUUGUUACGUGACCUUCUUUUCGCAGGUGCAUCUUACUUACCAAGGGAAUGGAAACUUCGAGUUCUUAGUUUGCCAACAUUAGUACACAGUGCAUGUGAAGCAUCCGGAAAGUCUGUGACACUGAAAAAUCAUACUAUGAAUUAUUCUGAUGAUGAACUUCUUUUCACUUUUCCUGGUGCAAGGAAUGCCUUUGUUUUGCUUCAUCGUUUGGAUGUUCUAAAUAAUAUAGCGCUGAUGCAAAAAACUCAACCACUUCCUGUUACAAAUCUUCAAAUUUUUGUACAGAGUAAUCCGAAGGCAUCGAGAUUACGUGGAACAGAGCUUUUGGAUAUUGAAGUUAUGGGAACCGAUGUAGAAGUAACUCUCAAUGGAUUGCUAACUAUAGUAGUCGACUCCGACGGAAAUAUUUGUUGGUCUGUUGCUGACAAAUUGUUUCACUUCCUUCAAAAUGAUUGUGUUUUCGAAGGUUUACCAGUCAGAUAUUAUGAAAAGUGUUUCGAAGUUAUCAAGAUGGUUUUCUCAUUCAUUACUCCAACAAGUGGUUCCCUUACUAAGUUUGAUGGUGACCAUUUUAUUAUCAUGUGUUGCUGUCGCGCAGUCCGUGUUUCACUGUUGUUUGCCAAGCGUGACGCUCAAUAUGAAGAACUUAUAUCUAAUUUCAUUAAUGACUUUGUGAUCAAUGCUUCAACGGAUCAGUUACUGAAUGGACCUCUGUCAAUCAAAUAUCUAUUGAAUACUGGUGCCAUGUAUUAUUUUGCAUUCCUCGGUACAAUGUCAGCAAAUAAAGAAGGAAGAAAACUGUUAAAUACUUCUCCGGUGCUGCAGUUGUUAGUUUUCUUUCGUUAUUCAUAA